UUUAUAUAUUUUGAACUUUUUUAGGAAUAAAUGGCUGUCGAUCAUCGCGAAAGUUGAUGAUCUUUCAUUUGCAUUAGUGAUCCAAUAUGCAUUCUAAACUUAUAAUAACUACUCUCUAGAACUAUGGCUUAAAAUAAUUUGCUGAAUGUUAUUGCAGGAUGUGAUCUUAUGAUGUUAAGAUGGCAUCAUAUCAAGAACAAGCAGAAGAAGAUACUUGUUCAGAGGCAAGUAGUGCUGUGCAUAAUGGAUCUGUGAUUUCAACCGUACCAGAUCGUCAUGGAUUUCUUGGUGGUUCGCAGUACACUGCUGAUCCGAAGCAGUUGGUGCCUCCUAGUGUAGUGUUAAGACGUGAGCAGAAGUGGCUGCGCAUGCUCUCCAACUGGGAAUACUUCAUGACCAAAAACUACAAAAAAGUUCGGGAGCGUUGUAGGAAAGGCAUCCCUCCAUCAGUGCGUCCUCGUGCAUGGCUAUAUUUAUGUGGUGGGAAGCUACUCUUGGAGCAGAGAAGAACAUUAUAUUCAUGCCUAAUAACACAGGAUGGUGACCCACGAUGGGUCGAUGAUAUUCGGAAGGAUCUAAAUCGUCAGUUUCCAUUUCACGAGAUGUUUGUUGAUCAAGAGGGUCAUGGGCAACGUGAAUUGUUCCAAGUUCUAAAAGCCUAUUCUAUUCUGAAUGCAACUAUUGGCUAUUGCCAAGCUCAGGCCCCAUUGGCUGCAUUUCUGCUUAUGCAUAUGCCUGCAGAACAGGCUUUCUGGUGCCUCGUGUCCAUCUGUGACAAGUACCUUGCUGGCUACUAUAGCCAGGGAAUGGAAACCCUACAGGUGGAUGGUGAUAUCUUAUUUGGCCUUCUGAAGAAGGUUUCUCCUAAUGUAUACAAGCAUUUAAAAAAGCAGAAGGUGGAGCCAAUUCUGUAUAUGACAGAAUGGUUUCUUUGUGUGUUCACACGUGCAUUGCCAUGGGAUACCAUUCUUCGGGUUUGGGAUAUGUUCCUUUGUGAAGGAGUGAAGAUUAUUUUCAAGGUAGCACUAGUAAUCCUCAAAUUCAGCCUGGGACGUCAAGGUGUGCUGAAGAAGUGCCCCACUAUGUAUGAAACAUUGGAGGUGCUCAGAAACCCUCCACAUGCUAUAAUGGAUGAAGAGUUUGUUAUACAUCAGAUGAAUCGGCUCAACCUUACAGAAGAAGACUUUGAAUAUGAGCAUCAGAGGCAGACUGCAAAACGACGGGCAGCACAGGAGAAUGGCAGGCGUUCUGGUGGCAGACGGUAGCAGCAGAAUGCAGUUCUUCAGUUGAAGGGUUGAAGGUGAUUACCAUCAUUUUGGAGGAACAUACCACCUCUUCCUUGACCUUGAAGGUUAAAUUGAUACAUUCCUGCAGCUGUAUGGCCUCACAAUCCACUAGACCACAGAUGGCAUCUUAACCUCCAUGUGAAUGUUAAAUCAUAUUCCUAUACAUGAUUUUAUAUGGCAUGUGACUAACAUUUGCAUAUACAGAUAAAAUACAUUCAGUAAUUAUGAACAUUGCAUGUAGAACUGUGUAAUGAUCUAAUAACUAGGAAACAGAUGAUACUGAGGCAGGAACACAUGGACAAAAUGUUCUGUGAUCUGUUACAUGGCUGUCAUCAUAACUGGAAAGCAUAAAUAUUUUUAGGUUCUUAAUUUAUGCAUAUUUUUGUAAGAGGUUUAGCAUUACAUAUCAAAGACAUAGCUUUAUUACACUAUUAAAUAAUCUGUGUAUCUUAUAGACUGAUGUGCAGGUAUAUAAUAUACGCACUUGCAGGAUAAGUCAAUGCAUGUUAAAUACAGCCAGUAAAUAUUAUCAAAGUAAAGUUGUCUCUGUGGUUUCCUGAGUUAGUGACGUACUAACUCAUGACAGACAUCUUGAUAAAAGAGAAACUACAAAUUUAACAGUAGGUAGGUUAGACAGUUCCAAUUCAAGUAGAGGUUUGCUAAUGAUGCAGCCAAUAUGCAUUUAAUACUGUUUGUCCUGAUUGUCUUUAUGACCAGAAUUGUCAGUAAUAAUAUGUACAGAAGCACUUGAAAUUUAUCAAAUGCCUGAGUUGACAGUAUUUACAGGAUAAUUACAUAGUGUUCCAAAAAGGUGUAUACACAUUCA